GCAGCGCGCCUGGCCAGUGACGGCCAUUGGGCCUCCGCAGGGGCUGCGGAGAAGAGCUCCAAGCACGGGGCCGAGGACCGGACGCAGAACAUCAUCAUGGUGCUCAAAGACCGCAUGAAGAUCCGGGAGCGCAACAAGCCCGAGAUCUUCGAGCUCAUCCAGGAGAUCUUCGCUGUGACCAGGACGGCGCACACGCAGCAGAUGAAGGCCGUCAAGCAGAGCGUGCUGGACGGCACGUCCAAGUGGUCGGCCAAGAUCAGCAUCACCGUGGUCUGUGCCCAGGGCUUGCAGGCAAAGGACAAGACAGGAUCCAGUGACCCUUACGUCACAGUCCAGGUCGGGAAGACCAAGAAACGCACGAAAACCAUCUACGGGAACCUCAAUCCCGUGUGGGAAGAGAAUUUCCACUUUGAAUGUCACAACUCGUCUGACCGCAUCAAGGUGCGUGUCUGGGAUGAGGACGAUGACAUCAAAUCCCGCGUGAAGCAGAGGUUCAAGAGGGAAUCUGACGACUUCCUGGGGCAGACGAUCAUCGAGGUGCGGACGCUCAGCGGCGAGAUGGACGUGUGGUACAACCUGGACAAGCGAACCGACAAAUCUGCAGUGUCAGGUGCCAUCCGAUUACACAUCAGCGUAGAGAUCAAAGGCGAGGAGAAGGUGGCCCCCUACCACGUCCAGUACACGUGCCUGCAUGAGAAUCUGUUCCACUUUGUGACGGACGUGCAGAACAACGGAGUCGUGAAGAUCCCGGAUGCCAAGGGCGAUGACGCCUGGAAGGUUUACUAUGAUGAGACAGCUCAGGAAAUUGUGGACGAGUUUGCCAUGCGCUACGGCGUCGAGUCCAUCUACCAAGCCAUGACCCACUUUGCCUGCCUCUCCUCCAAGUACAUGUGCCCCGGCGUGCCCGCCGUCAUGAGCACCCUUCUUGCCAACAUCAACGCCUACUAUGCACACACCACCGCCUCCACCAAUGUGUCUGCCUCCGACCGCUUUGCCGCCUCCAACUUUGGGAAAGAGCGCUUUGUGAAACUCCUGGACCAGCUGCAUAACUCCCUGCGAAUCGACCUCUCCAUGUACCGGAAUAACUUCCCAGCCAGCAGCCCGGAGAGACUCCAGGACCUUAAAUCCACCGUGGACCUUCUCACCAGCAUCACCUUCUUUCGGAUGAAGGUACAGGAACUCCAGAGCCCACCCCGCGCCAGCCAGGUGGUGAAGGAUUGCGUGAAAGCCUGCCUCAACUCAACUUACGAGUACAUCUUUAACAACUGUCAUGAACUCUACAGCCGGGAGUACCAGACAGACCCGGAAAGGACAAAGCAGCCUGUGCCAUCUGGCUUCCAUGUGCCAAGGUCGCAUACUUUUAUGACCUUUGCCAGGUUUCCCCAGGAGCUGAAUGUGGGUAAAAUCAGUGCCGAAGUGAUGUGGAAUCUGUUUGCACAAGACAUGAAGUAUGCCAUGGAGGAGCACGACAAACAUCGUCUCUGCAAGAGUGCCGACUACAUGAACCUCCACUUCAAGGUCAAGUGGCUCUACAACGAGUAUGUGGCAGAGCUUCCUGCCUUCAAGGACCGUGUGCCCGAGUACCCCGCGUGGUUUGAGCCCUUUGUCAUCCAGUGGCUGGACGAGAAUGAAGAGGUGUCCCGGGAUUUCCUGCAUGGUGCCCUGGAGCGAGACAAAAAGGAUGGGUUCCAGCAGACCUCAGAGCACGCCCUGUUCUCCUGUUCUGUGGUGGACGUCUUCUCCCAGCUCAACCAGAGCUUUGAGAUCAUCAAGAAACUCGAGUGUCCUGACCCCCAGAUCGUGGGGCAUUACAUGAGGCGCUUUGCCAAGACCAUCAGUAACAUGCUCCUCCAGUACGCGGACAUCAUCUCCAAGGACUUCGCCUCCUACUGCUCCAAGGAGAAGGAGAAAGUGCCCUGCAUCCUCAUGAACAACACUCAGCAGCUGCGAGUUCAGCUAGAGAAGAUGUUUGAAGCCAUGGGAGGAAAGGAGCUGGAUGACGAGGCCAGUGACAUCUUGAAGGAGCUGCAGGUGAAACUCAACAAUAAGACAGUGCUGAAGCGGGUGCUGAAGGAGUUGUGGAAGCUGGUUAUGAACACCAUGGAGAAGACCAUCAUUCUGCCACCUCUCACUGACCAGAUGUGCUCCAUCCUGGGGGUGACUGUGAGAUCGGGCAACUGUCCCCAGGUGGUGGGCUGCUUCCAGCCUCCUGGAUACCCCCAGAGUGUACUGGCAGUCAAGGAGUCUGGCCCCAAACCCUUGCUGUGGGACAAGGGAAGGUUCCCAAUGGCUUGCCAAGUUGAUCACCCUGUGACAUUGUCUCUGCAGGGCACCCUCUUGAGAAAACAUGGCAAGGGAUUAGAAAAGGGCAGGGUGAAAUUGCCAAGCCACUCAGACGGAACUCAGAUGAUCUUCAAUGCAGCCAAGGAGCUGGGUCAGCUGUCCAAACUCAAGGACCACAUGGUACGAGAAGAAGCCAAGAGCUUGACCCCGAAGCAGUGUGCUGUGGUUGAGCUGGCCUUGGACACCAUCAAGCAAUACUUCCAUGCGGGCGGCGUGGGCCUCAAGAAGACCUUCCUGGAGAAGAGCCCGGACCUGCAGUCUUUACGCUACGCCCUGUCCCUCUACACGCAGGCCACCGACCUGCUCAUCAAGACCUUUGUGCAGACUCAAUCUGCCCAGGUCCAUUGUGCAAAAGGGACUAGGUUUACCCUUAGUGAAGACAUUUAUCCUGAGAAGGGAUCAGGUGUGGAAGACCCCGUGGGUGAAGUCUCCGUCCACGUUGAGCUCUUCACUCAUCCAGGAACUGGGGAACAGAAGGUCACAGUGAAAGUGGUGGCCGCCAACGACCUCAAGUGGCAGACUUCUGGCAUCUUUCGGCCGUUCAUCGAGGUUAACAUCAUCGGGCCCCAGCUCAGUGACAAGAAACGCAAAUUUGCAACCAAAUCCAAGAACAACAGCUGGGCCCCCAAGUACAAUGAGAGUUUCCAAUUCACGCUGAGCGCCGACGCGGGCCCCGAGUGCUACGAGCUGCAGGUGUGCGUCAAGGACUACUGCUUCGCGCGCGAGGACCGCACGGUGGGGCUGGCGGUGCUGCAACUGCGCUAGC